GCCAGGUGGUAAGAAAAUGGUCUGAUGGUCUAGACAGUGGGGUGACUUGCCAAUACGUAUGAGGCGGUUGCAGACCCUGUCAAAUUUACCGGUAGUGGUCAAUCGUAUGACAAUUGCUCCUUUCUGAAUAUUUCGUCGACCAUUGUCGCGUUGCCCAACCCACCUUGGUAUGCUAACACCCUUGACAACCUACUGAGAAUCACAACAAUAUCAUCCGCCCGCACCAUGCCGCUCAUUCUCGAUUCGCCUCCACCUUCCCCUACCCUCGCUGACGCCAUGGAGUCGCGCCGCCGAGUUCACCACGAAGCAGAUGUGGUCAUCAUUGGUGCCGGCAUCCUGGGUUGUGCUCUCGCCGUCGCCUUCUCCAAUCAAGGCCGGAGCGUCAUCUUGCUGGAGCGAUCACUCAAACAACCCGACCGUAUUGUCGGUGAACUUCUGCAGCCUGGCGGAGUCGCUGCCCUGCAAGAGCUCGGUCUAGCCGACUGUCUGGAGGACAUCGAUGCUAUCAAGGUUUUUGGCUACGAUGUCAUAUACCACGGCGACGAAGUGACCAUAGCAUAUCCCGAGAACGCAACCGCGACCACUACCACACCGAACGAGGAAGAGAAGAGCACAAGACCUGAAGGCCGAUCUUUCCACCACGGUCGAUUUAUCCAAAAGCUGCGAGAGAGCGCUCUCAAGUGUGCCAACGUUACCGUCAUCGAAACCACGGCCACGGACUUGGUGCGUAGUGGAUACACCGGACAAGUACUGGGAGUCGAGUGCUCCACCAAAGAACGCAAGGACUACUACUUUGCCCAUUUGACCGUUGUCGCCGACGGGUACGCCAGCAAGUUCCGCAAAGAGGUCAACACUCAGGCUCCUAUUGUCAAGUCAAAGUUCUGGGGUCUUGAACUGAUUGACGCGGAUCUGCCAAUGCCCAACCAUGGGCACGUUCUUAUCAGCGACAAUCCUCCCGUCCUCCUCUAUCAGAUCGGCACGCACGAGACACGCGCCCUCGUUGACAUUCCCGACAAUCUUCCCUCUGCAUCAGUCGUGAACGGAGGUGUCAAGAACCACUUGCGCAAUGUCGUCCUGCCAUCGCUUCCCGCCCGCGUGAGGCCAUCAUUUGAAGCUGCCCUUGACCGCGGGGCCCUGCGCUCUAUGCCCAACUCGUUCCUGCCUGCAUCCAAGAACAAACAUGCGGGCGUCAUAUUGCUUGGAGACGCGAUGAACAUGCGCCACCCUCUGACAGGAGGUGGCAUGACUGUCGCUUUCAACGACGCGCUAUUACUGUCGAAACUCCUUUCCCCUGAACAGGUACCACGCUUUGAAGAUACCAAGGCUGUGCUCGCUCAGCUCGACAUAUUUCACUGGAAGAGGAAGAAUCUGACCAGUGUCAUCAACAUUCUUGCACAAGCCCUAUACUCUCUCUUUGCUGCUGAUGAUCCCCAACUCCGAGCGCUGCAGCAAGGAUGCUUCCGAUACUUCCAGAGAGGCGGGCAGUGUGUAGAUGGACCUGUUGGAUUGCUGGCGGGCAUCAUCCGCCAACCAAUGGUUCUCUUCUACCAUUUCUUCGCUGUUGCAUUCCUGUCCAUCUGGGUGUACAUCACCUCUGGCAAUGCUUUGCUCAUGCCUUUCCGCGCAAUCGCCAGCAUUGGUGUUUUGUACAAGGCUUGCCUUGUGCUCUUCCCGUACAUCUUCAGCGAGUUGAGGAAUUGAUGGAACUUGGAAAGAUUGGCACUGUAUAAUGGCUUAUGGAUGGAUGGCAUGAAUUGAUAAAGCGAGGCGUUCUUGAGAGAUAACUGGGAGGGGUAGAAUACGGUGAUAUACCUAACUUAAUUGAUACUGUACCUUGAUGACAAAAUCCAACAAUGUGGUAUUAUGAGUAAUGGGAGUGAUGGUCCGAGG